AUGGACGACAUGGAGACUCUCGCAAGGGAAAAGAACGACGAGUAUGCCUCUAUAAUAUACCCCAACACAGUCAUAAAAGGUGUGGGGAUUGUUACGGGAUUUUCAGGAAAUAUACUGGUGUUUUCACUCUACACUUUCUGGAUUCAGAACAACGAAGAUUCCCGUUACUUCAUACCAUUUCUAGCAAUGGUGGAUGCGCUUGGAAGCUUGACGCAAGGAACUUUUUAUCUCUUAGCUGACGAUGGAGUGAAAGAAGAAGAAUUGUCUUUUAGAGGACAGAACUUUACAGGUUUCGUAUGUAGAAUGGUCAUGGAAAUUUCAUCUUCUACAACCAUAUACGUCGGUUUUCUAUUUCUUCUAACUCUAGGCAACGUCAUUGCUACAGCAAUUCUUUAUGUUCCAGUUUGCAAGACCGUGUAUCGGGCGAUUAAGUCAAUGAAAAAAAGAAAAAAGACACAAAACGGUUCCAUUAACAUGAGGCAGCAGUCUGAGUCCAUUCAGGAAACAAUGCUUCACAAUGACGAUCGCCUUUCUAAAGCCAAUGGUCUGAGCAAAAACAAAACGCCUACGAGCACCAAUGGCAAUAGCGCCUCGACCCGAAUCAGCCUUAUGUUCCUCACUGUGAUAGCAGUGUAUAUUAUUUCUUAUAUACCAGGUUUUAUAGUAGUUAUUAUUAAUCACACCCAUAAAAACUUUGAUCCACUACAACUUUCAGAUGCUGGACUGAAUACUUGGAGAUUCUUUAACACCAUCUUCUUCUUUAAUCAUGUCUGUAACCCAUUUAUUUACUGGUACUAUGACAAAAAAAUCAGAAGGGCUUUGGCUAAUCUUUGUGGCAAAAAGAACUAG